AUGACUGUUUCAGUCUUCUCCAACGGUGGGUUUAUCCGCUCUCUGAAUGUCGUACUUCUGAUGUUGACUGGUUUGAGCUUGAGCAGUCCCAUCAGGUCUCCUGAGAACCAUCACAGGACAUCAGUCGGUAGGGGUGUGGGUGAUAAUCCGCUACUUGAUGCACAGGACUUUCUGAGCCAUUUUCUGUCCACAAUGAACCUCACAGAGCUGAGGCCCCAGCCUAGGCCCCUUGCUGCCCGUGAGGAGACACCAGAGUACAUGCUGGAGCUGUACAACCGAUUCGCCCAUGACCACACUGCUGUGCCCUCGGCCAACAUUGUGCGCAGUUUCAAGAAUGAAGAUUCCUCCCCAAACAGUAUAACAGCCAGAAGUGUAAGGAUACAUCCUCUGCUGUUCAACAUCUCAAUGCGCCACCAUGAGCACAUAACAAUAGCUGAGCUUCGCCUUUUCACACUGGUCCGGAAGGCCCAAAGACCAUAUGCUGGCAUUGACUGCAAGGUGACCAUCUACAAAAUACAUGAGGGCCUUGUUUGGACAAAAGAGGUGGGGAAAGAAGGGAGAAGGAGGGCUAAAGAGGAGGUGGUGGAGAUGAAGGAUUUGGAGGAACUGGUGACAAAGCAUAUCCAUGCCAAAGAUAACAGCUGGGUGUCAUUUGACCUGACUCAUGUGGUUACACUCUGGCUGAAGUCAGGGUGUACAACUCACAGACUGGAGGUUCAUAUUGCAAGCCUGGAGUCAGAGGAGGAAGGGGCCACACAAGAGGAGGGCGGGAGGUUGGUUGAGAUUGAUAUCGACAGGAGUUUGGAGGGGAAACACAAUGCAGUGAUGAUUGUAUUCUCAGAUGAUCAGAGCAGAGACCACAAACAGGAUAAGCAAGAGCUCAACCAGAUGAUUGAACAUGAGAAUGACCUUCCUGAAAACAUGAGCCAGCAAGCUUUCUGGGGGCAUGUUAAUCACAACACUGGCCGUGCUAACCAGGACAGGCUGGACCAACAGUCUCUCACACAACUGCAGUCCAACCUUAUCUAUGACACACCUCCCCGAAUCCGUCGCAAUGUUAAGAGCGAACCAUGCAAGAGGACCCCGCUCUUUGUGGAUUUUAAAGACAUUGGCUGGGAUACGUGGAUCAUUCAGCCUCUGGGCUAUGAGGCAUAUGAGUGCAACGGCGUGUGCAACCCACCUAUGACCUCCGAGGUCUCGCCUACCAAACAUGCCAUAGUGCAGACACUGCUGAGUGUUAAGAGUCCAGAGAAGGCAUCGCGUGCCUGCUGUGUACCCACUAAAUUGGAGCCGAUCUCACUCCUUUAUCAUGAUAACGGGGUGAUCACUUUCAACCACAAGUAUGAGGGAAUGGUGGUGGCAGAGUGUGGCUGUAGAUAGUCCUUAAAGUGAUGCUAUUACACAGAGAU